GUCAGUGCCAAGAGCGGUAACCCCGAGCUACACUCGGGCUUACCAUGCAGCGUUGCUCAGGGGGUCCCUGCAGCACUUACCUUGUCCUUCGCUCCCACGAUGUGUCCCCCCUUCAGCGUCCCCGGCCAUCUCCUCCGACCGAUGCCGGCAUCCAGCUUCUGUGUUCCGGUCCCUGUGACGUCAGGACGUAAGGGCGCCGGCGGCGGCGGGAAAUUUGAAAAAAUAAAAAAAUGUAAUUUUUUUCAAAACACAUUUUUCAUAUGCUUUGUCCUGUGCCCUGCCUGCGUUUUGUCUGUUCUUUCU